GAAGAGGAGAAGAAAGAAUUAAAGCCCUCAUCCUCCUCAGUCCUCUUCAAUUUAGAACCCAUCUUGGGUUUCACGGAAAACGAAUCUCAAAUCUGCUCAUUUUUGGUUUUGACAAUAAGAUGUCCAUCCCUUACAUCAGAUUCUUAAGUUCCUUCACGGAGGUGAAUGAUACGGAACACCUGCCAGAUACGACACAUCUUCACAGGGGAAUGGUAAUGCUCUUGCAUUAUCAUGACAUCUUCAUUUUUAGUCUCCUUUGGAUAUCGGGUUUAAAUGAACAUGUCUUGCUGUCAAGGCAGCUCGGUGCGUUGAAAAUUCUGGCAGAUUGCGGUUGACAUCUUGAUUCUGAUUCCCUGCCAGCCACGCGGAAUGUUGGCACAAAUUCUUCGCAUGAGAAGGAUGCGGUCUUGCCAUUGGGAGCACUGAGUAGAUGACGGUUCCUGAAAUCUUCCCCCAUGUUGAUGUUGCGCUAUCUCUAGUUGCUGGUUCAGUCUUGGAAAUCACCGAAAGGAUGUGAUUUUGAGGUUGGCUUCUGGGAGGUCGCCCUUGACAGUCUCUGCUCAACGCUUCUGCUCAUGCUGUCCAAAGGUAAGCCAAGUUGGUUUUCCUUGAGGGGACCAUUUUCUUCUCCAACUGGCUGGGAUUCUUCACUUUUGGCAAGUCCAUUGAUAACUUUGGCUCAACAUCAUUCUCUUUUCUACAGAGCCUCUGUGGUCAGGUGCAAGAAGGUGAUGCGGACCCCUCACUGACAUUUCACCCAACUGUCCAAUUUGCUCUCCAACUGCCUUUUUUUUUUUUUUUUUUCAUUCCUCCUCCAUCACUACGUCAUGGCCCCUUUAAGGGAGCGGCCAUAGUUGAGUGGUGGGAGCAGCUGCUGGCAGCCAAGAGACUUGCAGGAUUUGGCCUACCCUGGGCCACUCACCGCGCACGCUCAGGACCGGGGGCUUGGUGGGAAAGGAAGGAGGGGCUUAAGGUGCGCCUGCGCAUCAGGGGCGCGCGCAAGGGGCUGAUUUGGUGAUCCCUUUAAGAAACCGCAGGCGGAGGAAUUUCUCUGAGAGAAAAUAAUCCUACUUACGGGGCCCCUUGGAGGCCAUUAACCCCCCGAGUCCCGGCCCCCCCGUGCCCGGGCAGGCCCUACCGCUCACACGCGCACCCGUGGGAGCUCCAGAGCGGCAGUCCCGCGCACGGCAUCCGCCCCCUCCCCGCUCUCCGCGCCAGGCCCGCCCGGGUCUUGGGAAGCCGCUGCCGCGAGGCGGCCGUGCCUGCAGUGUGGGCGGGGGCCGGGGGCCCGAGAGGUGCCGCCGCCACCGCGCCGGGAGCCGCUGCGGUUCCAAGCGGGGCCCAACAUGGCGGAGAGAGAGGUGGAGUCCGGCCCCCGAAAGAGGGUAGGUGAGUUUGAACAGAAAAGUGGUGCAGUUUUUGAUGAGGUUGUAGAGAACUGUGGUGGUAUCAUGGAUACAGAAAUGUCUGAAGAUAUAGACCACAGCUUAACUCCUACCCUUGACAGCAUGUCUUAUGGAAUGCCGAAUCAAACAGGAUCUGAAAAUUCAUUGCUGGAUGAAGAUGAUUAUUUUUUGAACUCUGGGGAUCUUGCAGGAAUUCCAGUCGUUGGUAGUGACAAUGAGGAUGAACAGGAUUUUAGUUCAAAGGACAAUCUUGUUUCUUCAGUUCAUACUGAUGAUAGCUUGGAAGUAGAGAGAAGAGUCACACAGCAUGAAUCAGACAAUGAAAAUGAGAUUCAAGUAACAAAUAAAUUAAAAAAAGACUUUCCAAAACAGUUUGAUCAGGUUUCUGUUUUUAAAUCAAUACAGAAAGAUUUUAGUCUAGUAAGAGAAAACAGCAAAGAGACUUUCUCUGGAAAGGAGAAAAAUAGAGACAUAACUUUCCUUGAACGUGAAAAACGGUUGGAUAAACCCCAUAAAGAUUUGGAUUCAAGGUUCAAAAGCAGUUUUUUUGAUAAAGCAGCUAAUCAAGUUGAAGAAACAUUACAUACUCAUUUACCACAAACCCCAGAAACAAACUUUAGGGAUUCCAGCUAUCCAUUUGCCAAUAAAGAAUCCAUUGGUUCGGAACUGGGAAAUUCCUUUGCAUCAAAUAUUAGAAUUAAAGAAGAACCUUUGGAUGAUGAGUAUGACAAAGCAAUGGCACCACAGCAGGGACUACUAGACAAAAUUAAAGAUGAACCUGACAAUGCUCAAGAGUAUAGUCAUGGGCAACAACCAAAAACUCAGGAGGGAGAACUGAAGAUUAGUGCUGUUUUUUCAGUCAGUGGCAGUACUCUUGCUCCCCAGUUGACUACUGGCUUUCAGCCUUCACUGGCAUCAUCUGGCAUGAAUAAAAUGCUUCCCUCAGUUCCAGCCACAGCUGUUCGAGUUUCCUGUUCUGGUUGUAAGAAAACCCUCCAGAAGGGGCAGACUGCGUACCAGAGGAAGGGGUCCACUCAGCUCUUCUGCUCCACACUGUGUCUCACUGGAUACACAGUUCCACCUGCCCGUCCACCACCUCCUCUCACCAAGAAAACUUGCUCAAGUUGUUCAAAGGAUAUUUUAAAUCCAAAGGAUGUGAUCAGUGCCCAGUUUGAAAAUACCACCACCAGUAAAGAUUUUUGCAGCCAGUCAUGUUUGUCAACAUACGAACUGAAAAAAAAACCUAUUGUUACCAUAAACACAAAUAGCAUUUCAACCAAAUGCAGUAUGUGUCAAAAGAAUGCUGUUAUUCGACAUGAAGUUAAUUACCAGAAUGUGGUACAUAAACUUUGCAGUGAUGCCUGCUUCUCUAAGUUUCGGUCGGCUAACAACCUCACCAUGAACUGCUGUGAGAACUGUGGGGGUUACUGUUACAGUGGCUCUGGACAGUGCCACAUGCUUCAGAUAGAGGGACAGUCUAAGAAGUUUUGUAGUUCAACGUGUGUCACAGCAUACAAGCAGAAAUCAGCCAAAAUUACACCAUGUGCGCUUUGCAAAUCAUUGAGAUCCUCAGCAGAAAUGAUCGAAAAUACCAAUAGCUUGGGGAAGACAGAGCUUUUCUGUUCUGUUAAUUGUUUAUCUGCUUACAGAGUUAAAAUGGUUGCUUCUGCAGGUGUACAAGUACCAUGUAACAGUUGUAAAACCUCAGCCAUUCCUCAGUAUCACCUGGCCAUGUCUGACGGAAGCAUACGUAACUUCUGCAGCUACAGCUGUGUGGUAGCCUUCCAGAAUUUGUUCAACAAACCAACUGGAAUGAAUUCUUCAGUAGUGCCCUUGUCUCAGGGCCAAGUAAUUGUGAGCAUCCCCACAGGCUCAACAGUGUCUGCAGGAGGAGCUAACACCUCCGCUGUUUCUCCCACCUCCAUCAGUAGCUCUGCUGCAGCUGGCCUCCAGCGUCUUGCUGCCCAGUCCCAGCACGUUGGGUUUGCACGAAGUGUUGUGAAACUCAAAUGUCAACACUGUAACCGGCUGUUUGCCACAAAACCAGAACUUCUUGACUAUAAGGGUAAAAUGUUUCAGUUCUGUGGCAAGAAUUGUUCUGAUGAAUAUAAGAAAAUAAAUAAUGUAAUGGCAAUAUGUGAAUAUUGUAAAAUUGAGAAGAUUAUCAAGGAGACUGUGCGAUUCUCGGGUGUUGACAAGUCGUUCUGCAGUGAAGGUUGCAAAUUGCUUUAUAAACAUGACUUGGCAAAACGCUGGGGAAAUCACUGUAAAAUGUGCAGUUACUGUUUACAAACAUCUCCCAAACUGGUACAGAAUAACCUGGGAGGAAAGGUCGAGGAAUUCUGCUGUGAGGAUUGCAUGUCCAAACACACGGUUUUGUUCUAUCAGAUGGCCAAGUGCGAUGGUUGUAAAAGACAGGGUAAACUCAGUGAGUCCUUGAAAUGGAGAGGGGAAAUAAAACAUUUUUGUAAUCUACUGUGUAUUUUGAUGUUCUGUCACCAGCAAAGUGUAUGUGACCCGCCUUCCCAAAACAGUGCAGCAGGUAUAUCCAUGGUUCAAGCUGCUUCAUCAGGGCCCCCGUCUUUGAGAAAAGACUCUACUCCAGUUAUAGCAAAUGUGGUAUCGUUGGCAAGUGCACCUGCUGCUCAGCCCACAGUGAAUUCUAACAGUGUCUUACAAGGUGCAGUUCCAACAGUAACAGCAAAAAUCAUUGGGGAUGCAAGUACACAGACAGAUGCUCUGAAGCUGCCACCCUCCCAACCUCCAAGGCUUUUGAAGAACAAAGCUUUGUUGUGCAAACCCAUCACACAGACUAAAGCAACCUCUUGUAAGCCACAUACCCAAAACAAAGAAUGCCAGACAGAAGACACUCCGAGUCUGCCCCAGGUUGUUGUGGUGCCAGUCCCUGUACCAGUGUUCGUACCCAUACCCCUCCAUCUUUACACUCAGUAUGCUCCAGUCCCUUUUGGAAUUCCAGUUCCAAUGCCCGUUCCUAUGCUUAUUCCGUCCUCAAUGGAUAAUGAAGACAAAGUCACCGAGAGUAUUGAAGACAUUAAAGAAAAACUUCCCACACAUCCUUUUGAAGCUGAUCUCCUUGAAAUGGCAGAAAUGAUCGCAGAAGAUGAAGAGAAGGAAAAGACUCUGUCCCAGGGAGAAUCUCAAACUUCUGAACAGGAACUUUUUCUAGACACCAAGAUAUUUGAAAAAGACCAAGGAAGUACGUACAGUGGUGAUCUUGAGUCAGAGGCUGUGUCUACCCCACAUAGCUGGGAAGAGGAGCUGAAUCAUUAUGCCUUAAAGUCAAAUGCUGUACCAGAUGCAGAUUCAGAAUUGAAGCAGUUCUCAAAAGGAGAAACUGAACAGGAUCUGGAAGCAGAUUUUCCAUCAGAGUCCUUUGACCCACUUAAUAAAGGGCCGGGAAUCCAGGUACGGUCCCGAACAAGACGACGGCACAGAGACGGCUUCCCCCAGCCCAGACGAAGAGGGCGGAAGAAGUCUAUAGUGGCUGUGGAGCCCAGGAGUCUCAUUCAUGGAGCCUUUCAAGGGUGUUCAGUGUCUGGGAUGACACUGAAAUACAUGUAUGGGGUAAAUGCCUGGAAGAAUUGGGUUCAGUGGAAAAAUGCCAAGGAAGAACAGGGGGAUCUAAAAUGUGGAGGAGUUGAACAUGCAUCUUCUAGCCCAUGUUCUGACCCCUUAGGAAGUGCUCAGGACCAGAUGCUGCCUCAGGAAUCCUCUGAGCCAGGCUGCAGAGUUCGCUCUGUCAAGUUGAAGGAAGAUAUUCUGUCUUGUACUUUUGCCGAGUUGAGUUUGGGCUUAUGCCAGUUUAUCCAAGAGGUGCGGAGGCCAAAUGGUGAAAAAUAUGAUCCAGACAGUAUCUUAUAUUUGUGCCUUGGAAUUCAGCAGUACCUGUUUGAAAAUGGUAGAAUAGAUAACAUUUUUACUGAGCCCUAUUCCAGAUUUAUGAUUGAGCUUACCAAACUCUUGAAAAUUUGGGAGCCUACAAUACUUCCUAAUGGUUACAUGUUCUCUCGCAUUGAGGAGGAACACUUGUGGGAGUGCAAACAGCUGGGCGCUUACUCACCAAUUGUCCUCCUGAAUACCCUUCUUUUCUUCAAUACCAAAUAUUUUCAACUAAAGAAUGUUACCGAACACUUGAAACUUUCCUUUGCUCAUGUGAUGCGGCGGACCAGAACUCUGAAGUACAGCACCAAGAUGACAUAUCUGAGGUUCUUCCCACCAAUGCAGAAGCAGGAGACAGAACCAGAUAAACUAACUGUUGGCAAGAGGAAACGCAACGAAGAAGAUGAGGUUCCCACGGGAGUGGAGAUGGCAGAGAAUACGGACAACCCGCUGCGAUGCCCAGUACGACUGUAUGAGUUUUACCUGUCAAAGUGUUCUGAAAGUGUGAAGCAGAGGAAUGAUGUGUUUUACCUUCAGCCUGAGCGCUCCUGUGUCCCGAAUAGCCCCAUGUGGUACUCCACAUUCCCGAUAGACCCUGGGACCCUGGACACCAUGUUAACCCGGAUCCUCAUGGUGCGGGAGGUCCAUGAAGAACUUGCCAAAGCCAAAUCUGAAGACUCUGAUGUUGAAUUAUCAGAUUAGAGUGGAAAUGAGGUUCCUAUUUUCAUACACAUUGGUAUGCACCAAACUGUGAACGGAUCCAGCUGUUGGGGAUGCUGUGUAAGUCCACAUCCUCUGGUCUGGAUUGUAAGAUCACGGAAAGCAGUGGCUCUUGAACCGCGGUGUGGAUGUACAGAUGAAAACUGCAGGGAAGAGUGUGACUGCGAAGUGCUCUUCGGCAGUGAUAUAGUGCUUAGACAUUUCAGAAUGACUAACCAGUUUCUCUGAGUGGUGCAUAAUCUUAUUUUGUUUGGGAAUAACAAAUUGUGGAAUAUUUUUAAGGAAAACUUGUAUAAAAUCCUACCAUAGUAACCUUAGUCCUUAGAGUGGUAGCUUUGGAGUGAAACCCUGGCUGCAGUAGGCUACUUUGGUAAACCCUGUGUCAGAGGGAGAAAUCAGUGCAGAGCUAAGAGUGACAUCACAUGAGGACUGGAGGAUCCAGGCAGGAAGACCCCAAUACAAAUGCUCAACUUUUUUUUAAAAGUUAAUGAAGUGUUCUUGAUUUUGAUAUUCACUGCCAAGCCAACUCUGUGAAGGAUAGAAGCCUCUGGUGCUUUUGCCAUGGGCCCCUCACAUCAGGGAAAAUGACCUUCACUGCUGGUGACAUAGUAAUAUGUCCCUUUCCCUUGCUGGGUCUAGCCUUCUCAGCUGGGAGUCUGAAUGUGGGUUAUUUGAGGUAAAGGGGAUGAUAUUCCACAAGUUAAUUAUGUGCAAAGAAAAUCUGUGGAGCCCAUUAGACCCCAAGUGUCCUGCAAUGUUUAUAGAGACCCCCCCCCCCGAAUGCCCACUUGGCUGGGUACAGGCCUUCCUUGCUGCUGUCGCCUCGCCUGAGCUGUGGUACACACAAAUGGGAGUUCUCUUUGUUUUCCCCCAUGGCAGCUUUUCUCCCAUUGUUUUUCCUUCCUGUUUCCCAAAUGAUCCCUCUGAUCUUGUCUUUUGCACCAUUUUCUGGAGGCCCUUGUCAUUUCAGAAGAAUUAUCUGUCCCCUUUCUCUGGCACACGUGUGGGUGCUUCCACCCAGACAGUAUUACUGAGCUAGCAGAUCCCGGCGGCAAAGGCCCUGUGGGCUUGGGGGUGAAGCAUCUGGAUGAUGACCUUGUUGCCCUAAGAGACUUGAAACUAGAGAUUCCAAGGCUAGAUUACAGACAGUGACUUUCUUGCGUAUCCAUCAUCAGGUCGUUUUGCAGCAUUGUUCCAGACUCCAGCUGGUUUGAUGAGGAGGAUUGCAAGUCAUAGACAUGUGUGGCAUAUCAGUUUGUCACUAUUUCUUCAUUCUCAGUUUUCCUUCCCACAGAAUUUUGAAUCAAAGCUUUGAUGGUGUUGGCCAAUCACCGAACCUCUUUUAAGUCCUGAGAUUUAUUUGACCCUUUAAUAAAGUUGGAAGAGGUUAGAAAGGCUCUUGGAAAGUCUACCCGUGAAAGAUUUUUCAUUAUGUCCCAAUUUUUUAAGGUGGGAAUGGCAGGUUGUUUUUUUAGCAAAUGGAAGUCAUUGGACUACAAUUGAAAUUUUUAAAUAGGCCGUUUGACAUUGUGUACUUGAUGGUUCUGUCCCUCUCUGCUUGUAACAAAUGUUACUUUUUGUUACCAAGAACUGUGUGAAAAAAGUAAAUCUACACCAGUUCUGUAUGAUUAAUUCUGUGUUUGUCAUUUCUGACUGGAAAACUUCUUACUUCUAGACCUUGUUUGAUACAAAGGAAAAACAGUUCAACUGUCUUAUAAGUCUGCCAAUAAAGUAUCCAGAAACAUCAGCGGUAAUAGUCCCCACUAUACGAAUUUUACAAUUUGUAUAAACACUAACAUUUCCCCUUUUCUGUAGUUGUAUGAAAAACAGAUAUUGUUAGCCUACUAGAUAAAUUGUUAUAAAAUACCAUAACGGAAAAAAAAUAUGUAUCUUAACUGAGAGCAGCCAAUACCCAGGUAACUGACUGUAUCAGCAUUUCAAUUGCAUGAAGUCCACACGAUUGCUCAGAACCCUAAAUUAAUUUGUGAGAGAAGAUAAUGUUGGUCAUUCCUCAUAAGUGUAGCUGUUGAUGUUGUGUCCCAUUAUUUGCAUUUUUAUUUUGUUAAAAUUGUGUGAAACUGCAUUUUUUUUUUCCUAGGGGGAGAAAAAAAUCAAACACAAAGAGAAACAUCUAAAUCAUCUUUAUUGUUCUUUUUUGGUUUUCAGUAGCUUUGGAUUUUCCCCUUGCAGAAACCAACAAAAAUAUUCCCUUAGAAUAAAAUAGUAUAUUU